UGAUAGAGGAAAAGAAGAAGAGGGAUAGAGAUUAUAAAGACAGAGCGUGAGAAACAGAGGGUGAGAGAGAAAGAGAGAGGAAAAGAGAAGGAGAUAGAGGCAGACAGAGAGAGGAAGAGAGGGACAGAAAGAAUAAGAGAGAAAGCAUGAGAGAGACAGAUAAGGAGAGAGAAAUAAAGAGAGAGAGAGGGAGAGAGAGAGAGAGAGAGAGAGAGAGAGAGAGAGCAGCACAGAAAGAUAGAGACAGUGAUGCAGAGAGAGAGAGACAGAGAGAGAGAACAAGACAGAAAGAUAGAGACAGAGAGAGACAGAGAGAGAGAGAGAGAGAGAGAGAGAGAGAAUACCCUACAGGAUCAGUAGCGUAAGCAAGUGAGAGGGGGGUGGAUCAGAGUGAGACAGAGGAAGAGAGAGAUAGAGGGAGGGUAAGAGGGAUGUCAGCAGAAGCAGUAGCCAAUGAGAGGGAGAGAAAAGAAGGAUGAGAUUUCCAUUAGACACUGACAAGAAGGGAAAAGAUUGCUAUUGUCUUUUUUAAACAAGCCAUAAUCUGCUGCAUCUAGACAGAGAGAGAGAGAGAGAAAGAGAGAGAGAGAGAGAGAGGGAGAGAGAGAUGCAGUGACCGGUCUUCCUCAUGUGGGGGUGUGUGUGAGUGUGUGACAAAAAAAACAGCAGCAUCAGGGAGGGAAGAAUCCGAGCAACAGCAGUGGAUAGCUGCAGCCGGUACACCGGCGUCUCACACACACACACACACACACACACUCACAUGUAAGAAGGUGUGUGUAGGACGAGCAGAUGAGACGUGUGGAUGGUUCCAGAGCUGCGUGCUGAUGGGGAGGGGGCCGACGAGCAUCAAUAAGCAGAGCAAGUCGUUUCUUCUUUUCAUCCAGGAUACCAAAGAUGGACAUCUUCCUCUCUCCAGCCAUCCUCCUCUUCCUCACCCAUGUGUGUGAUGCCUCUGGGCUGCACAGUCACCGCCGCACAGCCGUCAGCGUGUGUGUGGAGGAAGAUCACGCUGUACGGUGCUGAGAAGAGAUCGUGUGCGCACAACACACACAUAUACACACACACACUCACACACACAGGCUCAACCGACUACGAACAGGUCUUUGGGAAACGAAUCACCGACGGUGAUCCCUCUGUCUGUACUCAAAGAUGGAUGGCAGCGAGGACGAGUGUGUGCGCUUUUUGCAAUAUGUAGAGGACAUUGGCUUGAGGGCCUAUGAUGAGCUGGUGAUCCAGAAUGCGUCAGACAUUGCGCGCGAGAGUGACCGAGUGCGUAACCGCCAGCACUGGGCAUACCUCCAGGACCAGAGCCAGAAGAAAAGACGUCAGGAGGAGGCUAUGAAGAGGAUGGGCGAGGAGGUGGCUGGGGUGGCAGAUGGAGGGGCUUAUGCGGGUAAACACUUCCGCAUGGGCUUCAUGACGAUGCCGGCUCCCCAGGACCGGCUUGCGGCGCCGAGCGGGCCGGGUUUCACCGUACGCUCCCAGUCUCUGCACUCAGUGGGAGGCAGUGAGGAGGAGGGGGGCAGCCCGACCCUACGUAAACAACCACCACCCAAACCCAAACGAGACCCCAACACCAAACUGAGCACCUCGUCUGAGACGGUCAACACCACCCUCACCACAGGCAAGGAAGUGAGGGACAUGGAUAAGAGUGAUGCAUCCAAGAGUCGUCCAUGCAGUGAGGAAUAUCGCCGCAUGCCUCCUCCCAAACCUAAGCGCAACCCCAACACUCAGCUCAGCACCUCUUUCGAUGAGUCCUACAUCCAAAACCAUGGCACCAAGUUCAAGUCCGCUUCUUUGCCACGACGACAGAAGAAGAAAUCAAUGUCACAGAAUCAAAGCCCUGCCCUGGACACUGAUGAGGAAGCAGAGCCUGUCUACAUAGAGAUGGUGGGAAACAUCCUACGUGACUUUAGCCAAUAUACUGGAGGCAAUGCUGAUGAGGAGGACGAUCAGGGAGAGAGUGUGUAUGAGGAGAUGAAAUAUCCCACCUACGAAGAAGCUGCGCUAUCAACUGAGCAUGUCCAUGCACGCUGGGAGCCAAGCCUAGCUCCUGCGGUUUCAGAUAUAGACCUAACGCGAUCAUCAAUCCCUCGUGGCUCACUUUGUGACAUACCCGCCCCCUUUCCUAACUUACUGACUCACAGGCCUCCCCUGUUGGUGUUCCCCCCUGCACCUGCUCAAUGCUCCCCAAAUUCAGAUGAAUCCCCCCUUACUCCUCUGGAUGUCACCAAACUCCCUAUGAUAGAGAACGUUGGCUAUGGCAAACCUGGUUCUUCCCCAACAGCUGGUGAUUCUGGACAACCCUUGCCACCACAACAGUCUUUGGGGCAACACCACCAUCACCAUCAUCACCAUCAUAAGAAGUCACUGGACAGUAAAGAAUCUUCAGCCUCCCAUACAAUCACAGUAUCUGGACGUUCCUCGGCUCCACCUCUACCAUCAGCACUAUACAAGAGUGGCGGUUCUUCAGCGGCUCAUGGUUACCCUCGCAGCCACUCUGCCUGCCCAUCCCCUAUCAGCAUGGGCCGCUCUUUGACCCCCCUCAGCCUCAAACGUCCACCACCAUAUGACGCUCUGCUGACUGGCACGAUUCCCCGCAGUGCCUCCGGAGUGUCGCAUAGCUCCCAUGAGAGCGGACGUCUUUCAAACUCCUCCAGCAUCCAUGGUGGAUCCAUGCAAAAUGUUUCCACUGCAUCAGGUGGAUCAGGGGGGUCUAGUUCAGGGUCAGGAGGCCGUGGAUGUCGAACACCAACCAGUCCACUGGAUGAGCUCAGCAACUUGUUUUCCUCUAGCAAGAAUAUGCUGAGGAAAGGCUCCGGAGGGCGCAAGAACAAGGAGCUCAGUGAAAUUGAAGGGAAAACCAGGAGCCACAGCAUUGACAGUAAAGAUCGAGCUCUUCGUAGCUCCUCCCCAAAAGUGCAGGACUGGGACACGCCCUCAGGACAAUCUGCCACGCCCACUCGUCUAGGCCGCUCCUCCAUCAGCCCCACCACCAUGCUGGGGACUGGAACCUCAGAGCCAAAAGCUGCCUGUAAGCUCGGCCGUUCUGCCUCUACGUCAGGAGUGCCGUCUCCAGUAGGAACGCCUCAGCGACACGCCCCCGAGUCCUCAGCCAAUCAGAGCGGGAGCCCAUGCCAGAUGCCCCCAGUGCCGUGGGCAUGCGGGGACAACACCAUGAUGGAGAUGAUCGAGAAGAAAAGGCAUCUUUGCAAGGAGAUCAAGGCACGGCAGAAGCCAGACAAGGCCCUGUGCAAACAAGACAGCAUGCCCAUCCUCCCCAGCUGGAAAAAGACCAACGGGGGCAAAAAAUACGGCCCUCCACCCUACUCAGCCCAAACCACAGUCUUCUGGGACACAGCUAUCUAACACGAGGGAGAGAUUGAGGUAACACGGUAGCGAGUAAUAAUCACCGUUCAAGGCCUCCAGUCUAUAGACACUGGAACACCGGAUGAGGAGGGGGUGUGGCCAACCGGUGGCUGUUUAGCCAAUAGGAAGCAAAGGGAAUUUAAUUGAAAUUCUGUAGCAAAUCAACUUAAAUCUGAGGGCUUCAGAUUUAAGUGUCCUUGGUUUCUUAUCACUGUUUGUAUUUCAUAUUUUUAUAUCGAAAAAAAGGAAAAUGUGAAACGAUGCUUGGUGUCAAUCGAGGUUUUCUAAAGGAGAAAGUCGAGUGUAAACAAUUAGCCAUGCGAUGAUAUGCAUCCCCUCAAAGAUGGUAUUUUUGUUCUGUUCCUCUUCUUUUCUUCCUUUUUUUCUUUUUCUAUGUUUCUAUGUUGCAUCAACGCUUAUCAGUGUUGAAGAAAAAAAAAUCUAUAGCUUAUAAUAUAUGGUAUAAAAAAGAACUAUGUUAGAAUUGAAUUGAAUAUGUGACAAUUUUUAUAUAUGUGUUAAAGGAAUGUCAGAGGAUAAUUUUUUUUCAUAUAGGGAUUUAACAAAAGCACUAUUUUAAGAAAAGGAAUCUAUUUUGGACAUCUUAAGCUUGGGUAUUGUAAUGAACCGUUGAGAUGGUGGAUUGUUGUCGAGGUCUUGUUGUGUGUACUUGAGGUGCUGAUCUCUCUUCAAAUCAAACUCAACUACUUUAAAGCCUGAUAUUUCUGG